CUUAAUUUAAAUAAAUCACAUUCUAAAAUUUUGUAUACGCGCUUAGGAUUAGAAAAACUCAAAUCUCAAAAUGUUAUUUAGAGCUGAAAGCAGUUCCUCUACAAAUUCACAAAGCGAUUUUUUGUCCCGAGAAGUUGAACGACAUUCUCUAGAUUAUACUGAUUGUUCCAAUAGAUUUUAUCAAGUAUCUCGGGACUUUUCUAAGCAAUAUGCCUACAUUUACUCUUCUAGACUUAACACGUAUAGAAAUAUCUUGUUACCAGUCAUCAGGAAAAAGUGGUCAAAUACCUAUAAAAUUUUAAAGCUGUGCGAUCUUCGUGAUAAGUAUACUACGUGCAUAAUCAUCGGAACAUUGUUCAAACUUCAACAAUUGAAGCCUAGUAUUCUGAAACAACUAUCUGAUCAAUUGGAAAUUAUACCUCAGCCUGCGAGAACUCAUUUUGUACAUGAGUCAGAUAGUUUGGUGUUAGAAGACGAAUUACAGAGGAUUAAAUUAGUUGGUGAUUGUAUUGAUGUCCAUCAAGUUGUGACAGGGGUUGUGUGUGCUGUUUUGGGUUCAGAAGAUGAUGAUGGAGUUUUUACUGUGAAGGAUGUGUGUUGGGCAGGAUGUCAUAUACAGAAACCCUUACCCAAGCUAAGUGCGGACAGGUAUGUAGUCCUGUUAUCAGGAUUAAAUAUGGCAUCAACAAAGGUAGAUCAUCUCUUUUCUCUUCAUUUAUUAUUGGAAUGGCUAUCUGGUCUAUCAGGAACCAGUCAGUAUCAGGAAGAGCUAUCUAAAAUUGUAAGGGUAAUCAUUGCAGGUGGUCUAUUUGCUAACAAUGCAAGCGGUGAAUUAAAUGAAUCAAGUAUUAUAGAUUCUUCAGAAUCUGUAGAUGCUUUCUGUAGUGCUGUGAGUUCAGUAGCACCUUUGGAUCUCAUGCCUGGCAGCAAAGAUCCAGCUGGAGCAAUGCUACCACAGAAGCCUUUGCAUUAUUGUUUGUUCCCUAAAGCUAAUGAGUACAAAUCAUUCAAUAGGGUCUCUAAUCCAUACGAAUGCGAUAUUGGAGGUGUGCUUUGCUUAGGAACAUCAGGUGAAUCUGUAAAAGACAUAAAACAGUACAGUAAAUUGGAGAGUGACAUAGAAAUAAUGAAAAAGACAUUACAGUGGCGCCAUAUAGCACCUACAUGUCCAGACACAAUACCAUGUACACCUUGUGUGUCGACUGAUCCAUUUAUUAUGUAUAACUGUCCUUCCAUCUACUUCAGUGGUAGUUGUGAUGAGUUUUCCACUGAUACGUUUGAAGGUGAUGAUGGUCAACGAGUGAGAUUAGUGUGUCUCCCUGAUUUUUGCUAUACAAAGACUGUAGCUUUGGUUAAUAUGGGCAAUCUCGAGUGUUACAGCAUGACAUUUUCAUAAAAGCAAAUUGCAUAAUUUAGAACAUCUUGUCUUCGUUAAACAUUAAAAAAAUAAUUGAUCCUAAUUCCAG